AUGAAUGGACUUAGGGUUGCGGCAAAAAUUCAGCCAGCACGUCAAACUAUCAUAUUUUUACAUGGUUUAGGUGACACAGGUUCGGGUUGGGGAUUUUUAGCUCAGUAUUUACAACAGAGGGACUCUGCCGCUUUUCAGCACACUAAUUUUGUGUUUCCUAAUGCUCCAGAGGUUCAUGUGACAGCAAACGGCGGUGCACUGAUGCCUGCUUGGUUUGACAUCUUGGAAUGGGACCCUACUUUUUCCAAAGUUGAUAGUGACGGUUUUAUGAGCUCUUUGAAUUCCAUUGAAAAGACAGUUAAGCAGGAAAUUGACAGGGGCAUUAAACCGGAACAUAUCAUUAUCGGAGGUUUCUCUCAAGGGGCCGCAUUAGCUCUCGCAACAUCUGUUACUUUACCAUGGAAAAUCGGCGCUAUAGUGGCUCUGUCUGGAUUCUGUUCUAUCCCAGGAAUUCUGAAGCAACACAAAAAUGGUAUUAAUGCCAAUACACCGAUUUUCCAUGGGCAUGGUGAUAUGGAUCCAGUAGUUCCUAUUGGUCUAGGCAUGAAGGCAAAACAGUUCUAUCAAGAUAGCUGUGGGAUACAAGACUACGAAUUCAAGGUAUACAAGGGCAUGGCCCAUUCUACAGUUCCUGAGGAAUUAGAGGACUUGGCUGCAUUUAUUAAAAAGAGCUUGUCCUUAUAG